AUGAGGAGUCGGGCAUGUGGUGGUACGCAGAAGCGGGAUGGAACCUUGGAGGAGCCUUGUGGGGAACCAACUUCCGCUGAGCCGAGUGCUGAGACUGUUCUCCUACUGUCCUCUUUGUUGUCUGCUGAAAGAAAUGAGCCCAAUACGCGUCUUGAACAUGUCCUCGCUUGCGUUGAGAGCGUGCCAUCGUUGGUCUUGUGUCAGCCGUUGCUCCAGUCAGUCCAGGAGACGUUGGGAUCUGAGUACUGGCUGCUAGACUCAGGCGCUUCGAGCUGUGUGGUGACCCGGAAAUCGCUUGAGCAGUUGCAUCAUGACGAAAUUGUGCCUUGUGGGGCACUCUUUACCGCAGCAAAUGGCGCCCCGGUACCGUUUCUAGGACGUUGCAGUGUUGUUCUGCGUGUACGCACGCGGGAUGAAAAGGGAGUCAUCAAGGAUGGUGUGUGCAGAGUGCCAGUGAUGGUUGGUGACACUCCCUAUAACAUCCUGUCGACGAGCGCACUUGGUCGGUUGGGUUGGCGAGUUGUGUUGGAUGAAGGGGUGCAUGUGUCGCGUGUGAGAACUCCUGUUGAGAUGAUUGACACGUGCAUCUGGUGCGACACUCCUUGGAUCAAAGUCCUGGACAGCUCAGGUCAUGAUCAAAUGCUGGCCUUGUUUGAAGAGGACGUGUGUGAACAAGAUGUUGCUACGUCAGCGUCCGUUGGGCAUGUUGCUGUGCUUUCCCGGCGUACGCAGGAGGAACUUGAAGUCCAUCGAACAAAGGGGCAUGUGCCUUUUCAUCCAGACUGUGAACAUUGUGUAAAGUCCCGGGGAGUGAAUCGGCAUAGGCGUCGCUUGGAGCAUGGGCUUGAGACUGAAAUUGUUGCCGAUUUUAUGUACUUGAGUGCAGUUGGUGAGUCGGUCAGCGUGGUGGAUCAACAAACAGAUGACUCUUUCAAGGUUCUUGUUUUGCGUGAGUCGUUUUCUUCAUGCGUUGGAGCCAUUGUCAUGACGGAGAAUGUGAGCAAGGAUCGUGCCCUUUUGAUGAAGUGGCUGGCAGAGUUUGGGUUGUUUGGUGCCUCAGACAGGUACACCUUCCUGGUGAGGAAAGCGGCGCCACAAGCUCAUGAGCAAAUCGGAGGAGCUGAGCGCACAGUGAGAGUUCUGAAGGAGGGUCUUGCCACUCUUCAGUCUGACUUCCAAGAGCUUGGUUUUGCACUAGUGUUUCGGAGAGACUUGGUGCAGCUUGUGCUUACUUACUUGUGCAUGAGUGGCAAUGCUAACGACAAGGCGUUUGGUGGGGAGCGUGCACCAAAGGAGAUCGACCGAGAACACCGGGUGAGCAUCCAGUGGCUCCUCGCAUCCUUCCAAGCCCACCGAAAGAGUUCUUUGAGCGAUUUGGACCGUCUGAUGGAUGUCGAGCGUGUGAUUGCAUGCUGCGCCUUGGAUCUCGAAAGGGAUUGUCGCAUGGGCGUGCGUGCUGUGAUCGAUAUGAAGCUUGGCUGCGCAGUCAGUUGGUUGAGGAGUCUGCUGGAGAGCCUCCUGCGCACGCACCAGCUCCAGAAGUGGUGCAGGAUGCACUUGCAACGUUGGAAGAAGCUGGAGAAGCCGAAAAUGCACAAGAUGGUUCUGAAGUGCCACUGCCGAGUGCAAAGAAAUUGCGACGUGAGCCCGAAACUCCUUCAGCUGAGCUUCCUGAGCGAUCGGUUCCAAGAAGGUGAGCAGGGUGAUGUUCCUGGUCUUGUGCCUGUUGCUCCAAGUGCACCCUCGGAGGCGCUAGAGAUGUCCAGUGAGAUUGACCAUGACGUGGACAUGCCCAUGGAAGAUGACAUUCGGACUGAGCCUGAGUUGACCACGAGAAGCGUGAAGCGAUCGUCUGAAGUCCCUGUUGAGAAGUUGGAGGAGGAAAUGCGACAAGGUGUGAACGCUUGCGUGGUACAGGUGCAUAAUUGUGAGACUGGCAAUGACAUCUACAUGCCUUUGUCUAGCUUUGUUGAGCAAGCGUUUCAGGUGACCCAGCAUGUGCCUUUGCUUUCCGGUUUGCUUGACUCUGUGCAGUUUGCUCCCAACGCUACAAGUGUCGUUGUGCCUUUUGGGAAGCGUUCACAUCUACGAGUUUGGCGCCCGAGAUCAGCAGUUGAUGAUUCGACGUUGUCUGAGCUACCAGGUGAUGAAGUCAUGGAGGGAAUGCUCAAGGAAGUGAACAACCUCAGUCACAUGGAGACCGGGGAUCUUUUAACGGCUUCUGAGUUGCAAGCACUUGAGAAGAAGUUUCCUGGAGGUGAUGUGUCGCAUGCUUUCAUGGCAACGCCGCUGCGUGAGCGUGAUGUGGUGAUGAAGUUUCCUCUGUCAGACCGUGCAUACUGCUGGUGUAUGUUUGACGACUUUCUCUUGAUGACGCCAACAGAAGAGGAUGCAAACCGCAUCUUUGAGGCCAUUGAGCGUUUAGUGGAGUUGAAGAGAACCGGGGUGAUUCGAUCUUCAGCAGCUGGAGGCGGGGUGUUGAGAUUCAUCGGUCGUGUCAUCUCUCGUAGGAAGGGUGAGGCUUCGUUGACUGUUUCUUUGCCACAGGACUAUCUUGAUGACACCUUUAACGCCUAUGGGUUAUCUGGAAAAGGAACUUCAAGUCCACCGGACGUUGCAGUGCAUGUAGAAAAGGAAGGUGGGCUGCCACUGAGUCCUGAAGCUUACGCGCGGUUCAGGUCGGCGCUGGGAAAGGUGGCUUGGAUGACGCAGACACGGCAGGACCUUCGAGCUUAUGUUUCAAUUCUGGCCACUCAACAAUCAAUCCCAACCAACAAUACCGAGCAGGGACUGCGGGCCUUGCUGCGGUAUCUACAGAACGACAUGUGCGUGGCUGUGAGGUUGCCUGCGGCCAGUGACGUUCUACAUCAGCAGAAACAUUUUUCACAGCAAAAACACAUGGUCUGUUUUUCGGAUGCGUCGCACGCUCCUCUUCGUUGCACCAAAAAACGAGGUAUUACUGGAGGAGUGUUGACAGUAGACGGGUGUGUUGUCAAAACCUUAUGUCGACAUCAACAGCUUGUGUCGCUAUCUAGCAUGGAGAGUGAACUGUUUGCUUUGCAAGCUGUGGCGCAGGAGAUGUCAAGCUUGGGGAAAUUUCUCGGCAGGGUUUUUGGUACGUUUGGAGAAGUGGAGGCUGCAGAGAUCCCAGGUGUCUUGUUUUCGGACUCAGAGUCCUCACUGAAGCUUCUGAAGAACAUGGACAUUCCUAAGAGGAGUCGCCACCUUGAGAUACGUGUUGAGUGGCUGAAGUCGAGGGUUGUUGAGGGUCAGUUGGUUCUUGCCUUUCGAAAGGGGGUGGACAAUCCGAGUGACCUACUCACGAAGUGCCUUGGAAGUGCAGCCUUUGGCAUCCAUCGACAGUCUCUUGGCUUUGAGCUUUUUGCGAGUCCGAUCUGCAGUUUGGCUAAUGCAAGUAGGCGCUACGUUGUCGUGGAGGUGUGUUGCCGGGAACAGUCGAGCAUUCAAGCCGUGUGCAGCAUGUUAGGUGUAUCGUACGCGGGUGUGUGCGCCAACAUGCAAAGCCCGAAAGUGUUCGCAAGCCUGAAGUCCUACCUUGCAAACUUUGAGAAGAGUGACGUUUUUGUCCAUGUAUCCACUCCAUGCUCCUCCGGCUCGCCACUUCGAAAUUUCACGCAUGGAAGGGUAUCGUCUGAGCAAACACGAUCCGAUUGGGAGUGGUUUGAAGUGUUCCCGUCCGUUCGAAAGUACUUGUGUCUUGGAGCGCAUUCUAGCUUUGAGCUUCCUUGGAGCAAUCGAAUCUGGGGCUACGCGAUGUGUAAGAGGGUUCUGCGCGAAGCUAAGCAUGACUUUGAGGUUCCUGUGAAGCUCUGUGUGACGGGUUUGACGGCAAAAGCCUAUCGAGAAGGUUUUGGGCUUCACCUCAACGUCUGA